AUGACUAGUCAAAUUUCAGUCUUACCCAGCAGUGCACCAUCAACGGCUCGUGAUAGUCUUAAGCCAGCCCUAUCGAAAUCCGUCUAUUCGGAUGAAGGCGCUCAUCCAUCGCAAUCAAUUCCAUCGCCAGAUUUUUCAUAUGAACGUUCCAUAACGAUCGGCUCAUGUCCUCCAUCGGCUCUUGGAAGCACAUCACGCUCGCAAAUUCCCACCGGUGGAUCCUCACAGCUUCAAGCGUCCAAUCUGGACGAUGAAGAAGAAUUGAUGUUCAAGAAUUUACCAUGGAUUAAGGUCGUUAUAACAGUGAUGAACAGUUUCAAUCUCACAUGCACACAUGAAAAGUGUUGUCAAAAGUGGUGUUUUGAACGGAUCUAUCGGCAGUGUUAUCGCCUUACAGAAGCAUUACGUAAGAUCUAUGAUGACAGUUUGCCUUCGGAAACAAGAUUGGACAGGCGUAAAGCGCUGAUCGAUAUGUGGAAUACUAAACAGGAGACUAUGCGGAAGUCGCUACAAAGACAUUCUUGCUAUGUGGCGAGACGUGAAAGUGCGACUGUCCGACAAGGUGCAUUGGUGGACAAGGCACCGAUGGCCUUGAGGGGUUUGCUGAUUGAAAAACUCAAUGAAAUUGAAGAAGGCAAGGAGGCUAGAGCUAAGAAAGCAGUCAAUCAGGAUUCUGAUGACCUGAUAGAAGCUAGUCAGCUGCAGGCUCGUCAACGAGCACCGGCCAUCNUGAGUUAUAUUCGAACACAAGUUCUGCACAUAGCACAUUCGCCGUUAUCAACACUGCUCAAGAGUUGUCUUGUGCUCAAAGAUGAACAGUACAGUGAAACCUUGAACAUCUCAUGGCAAUUGCUUGUUCAUUCAGAUGCACAUGUAGUUGCAACAGCAGCAUCUCUGUUCAUUGUAACGGCCGUCCGGCGUCAAGAGGCUACUGUUUCGGUUAUGCAAAAAGACUUGACGAAUCCAGAUGCAAGCGUAAGAACUGCGGCAAUCCGGCGGUUUCAUGCGCUCUGGCGGAAUCGUUUCCACGUUUGGUUGAAAAUGGAGGAUGGAGCUCAAAUGAACUUUAAAGUUCCUCCGCCAGGUAUUGACUUCACUUUACCAUCUCCGCCAAUCGGUCAGAGUCAAUCGGCAGUCGUCGAUCCACCGUGGAUGCCGCAUGUCAAAACAAAAGUUGAAGAACUUUCCUUGAAGGAAGAGGAACAAGCAACGAGCCAAACCAUCAUGACGAUGACUCGAACGCGAAGAAAGCAAAAACAAGAAAUGGUGCGAAGAGCCGUGCGGGAAGCGGAAGAACGGCAAUCUGCCCUCAGACAAAAAUUCCCCCUAAGAGCCACUGCUAUUAUUCAUCAAGCGGCCUACGAGCCGGCUUUAUUCCAUCAUCAACUCACCUCUCAACAAAUUACCAGUGACGCAUCAGGAGAAGGCAAGUUCCAAAAUGAUUUUGCCCACUCUAAACUAUCAUGCGUAUAUCGUGUUAUUGGAUACUAG